CCUGUUCUAUUUUAUCUCCAUUCUCUUCUCCUCUUUCAAAAGAGGGAAUGAAAGCAAGAUUCUUAGCCAAUCUCUGCUUCUGGAUCCUCUGUUUUGUUGUUAUUAGCCAAACCUAUUAUCCAUGGCCUCUUCUUCUACUUCUCUUCUCUCUCUUCCCUUUGCUCCUCAAUUCUUGGUUAGUUCCAGGAGGCUUUGCAUGGAGAAAUCACCACAAGUCCUCUUCGAGGCUGCAGGGUCCAAUUGGGUGGCCCUUAUUGGGCAGCAUCCCUACAUUAAUGGGUCAUCUCAGUCAUUGCAAACUGGCCAAGCUAUCGGCCUCACACGGUGCAACACGUCUUAUGGCCUUCAGCAUGGGCCUGACACGUGUCGUGAUCAGUAGCCACCCUGAUACUGCUAGGGAGAUUCUCUGUGGGUCAGCCUUUUCUGAUCGUCCAACAAAGGAAUCCACCCACUUACUGAUGUUCGAGAGGGCCAUUGGAUUCGCACCUUCUGGAGAAUACUGGAGACAUCUGAGACGGAUUGCAGCAAAUCACAUGUUCUCUCCCCGGAGAAUAGCCGCUUUCGAGGGUCUUCGACAGUGUAUUAUGGAUGAAAUGUUGAAGGGAGUGUGGAAGGAGAUGAAGUGGAGAGGGUUUGUGGAGCUUAGAAAAAUACUUCAAAAGGGUUCUUUAGAUAAUGUUGUGGAGAGCUUGUUUGGGAGGUCUUUGUGUUUGGAAGGAGAGGAUUUGGGUUUAAUGGUUAAGGAGGGUUAUGAGUUAAUAGAGAAGUUUAAUUGGGAGGACUGUUUUCCCUUGGUGUUUCUGGAUUUCUAUGGAGUGAGAAGGAGGUGCAGUAAGUUGGCCAUUAGGGUUGAUCGUCUUUUGCGUCAGGUGAUAGAGGAGAGGAGAAGGGAAGAGGAAGAGUGCAGGAGCAGUGAUGACUUCCUCAGUGUAUUACUCACGUUACCAAAGGAAGACCAGUUGAGUGAUUCCGAUAUGGUGGCAGUUCUGUGGGAGAUGCUAUUUCGAGGAACAGAUGUGGUUGCAAUCCUUCUGGAAUGGAUCAUGGCAAGAAUGGUGUUGCAUCAAGAUACCCAAGCCAAGGCCCAACGAGAAAUCGAUAUAUGCAUCCGCGAAAAUCGGCACGUGCGAGACUCGGACAUUCCCAAUCUUCCUUACCUUCAAGCCAUAGUUAAGGAAGUCCUCCGAUUGCAUCCUCCGGGCCCACUACUCUCAUGGGCUCGCCUCGCCACUCACGAUGUCCACAUAGGCAAGUUCUUUGUCCCGGCGGGUACUACAGCAAUGGUGAAUAUGUGGGCUAUAACCCACGAUGGGUCCAUUUGGAAAGACCCAUGGGCGUUCAGACCAGAACGGUUCUUGGAAGAAGAUGUUAGUAUCAUGGGCUCGGAUUUAAGGCUUGCUCCAUUUGGGUCGGGCCGUCGGGUUUGCCCAGGUAAGGCCCUCGGUUUGGCCACUGUUCAUUUGUGGUUGGCAAGUCUUCUCGAAAAUUUUGUCUGGCUUCCAGUUCCAGCCCAUUCCGUCGAUCUUUCUGAAUGCCUCCGUUUAUCCCUUGAAAUGAAGAAACCAUUGGCUUGCCGCGUUGUUCGCCGGAGACCCACAAGUAAGUGAUAGGAAAUGUUGCAGAGGAAGCAGAGGUUCCUUCAAAGCCAGAGUAGCUAGUGAUGUUGUGAACCACUGAACCCUUGAGCUCAACAUGGAAGCUAUUCUAGCUUAGUUCUUACACCUUGGGAGGAAUCUCAGGCCUUGGAUAAUGCACAUUGCUACUU